UUAAAAAAAAAGCAGAAAAGGAAUCGGCGGCGAUGGCGAUGGGGAGCUGAGGGCAGCGGGAUGUCCCUUCAGGUUCUUCAUUCAAAACAAAAACUACUCCUCCCCAAAAAAAACGGAAAGGUCGGUCGAAUCGUUUACCGUCAAGACUCCCUGCUCGGGGACUAAAGAACAACCUUUGUGCGGGUUUUAAAACCAGCGAGCCGAGCGACAACCAAACUUGACUGCACCCGGCGGAAGUCCCACCCACCGCUCGCCUUCCCCCUUCGUCCAUUGGUCCCCGUCGGCUGGAUGCCGACCACCGUCCCACCGCUGAUUGGACAGACAGGCUGCCUGUCGCUUUGAUUGACGUAUUUGAGGUGUUAAGUUAGGUUGCGCAGAGGGGGAAGUUUGUGUUGAGGGGAAGUGGGGCUGGAUGCAGCCUGAGCCUGAGCCUGCUAGAGACCUGGAGAGGGGAUAUAACCUGUUAAACAGUAAAACAGCAACCUGAAUACCCGGAGAGGUGACUUAACCUGUUAAAUAGCAACCUGAAUACCCGGAGAGGUGACUUAACCUGUUAAAUAGCAACCUGAAUACCCGGAGAGGUGACUUAACCUGUUAAAUAGCAACCUGAAUAUCUGGAGCGGGGGUUUAACCUGUUAUAUAGCAACCUGAAUACCUGGAGAGGGGGUUUAACCUGUUAUAUAGCAAUCUGAAUACCUGGAGCGGGGGUUUAACCUGUUAAAUAGCAACCUGACCCUGCUGGACUCCUGAAUACCUGGACAGGGGGCUUCAACUUUCCAAAUAACACCCUGAACACCUUCAGUGCAAAGGGAGCAGCAACAACAGGCUCUGAAGCUGAACAUUUGUGGACACCUUUCGUUGGAAUUUUAACAUUUCACCAUCCCUCUCCUUUGCACUCUUGAGGAAAUUUAAAGAGACUCCUCCACUCCUGGUUUCAACUUACACUCCUCUCCACAAACAUGUUGCAGGCCUGAGGAGCCGUCAGCGAUGGGGGACGCGGAGACGGAAGCUGAGCCGGCCGACCGGUGCCCGUGCGCGGAGGGCACCGCCCUCGGCGUCAUCCGGGAAGGCGUGGGCGAGGCGCUGAUCGACCCUGAGGUGGCCAAGCGGGCGUGCGAGGAGGUGCUGGAGAAGGUCAAGCUGCUGCGGGUGGCCUCGACGGAGACGCCGGAGGAGGAGGAGGAGGAGGACGAGGAGGGGGGGGACGCCAGCACCGCCACGGCCAGGGUGACUACUCCACCGCCGCCGCCCGCUCUGGCCAACGGCGUGGCGGGCGGCUGUGAGCCGGGGGGCCUGUCGGGUCGGAUCCGGGAGGAGGACGAGCGGACGGCAGCCGCCGGCAACACAGUGAAGAACGCCAGGAGGCGGCAGAGGUACAACUCGGCCAAGCAGUCGUGGCUGCUCAGGCUGUUCGAGUCCAAGCUGUUCGACAUCUCCAUGGCCAUCUCGUACCUCUACAACUCCAAGGAGCCCGGCGUGCAGGCCUACAUCGGCAACCGGCUCUUCAGUUUCCGGCACGAGGAGGUGGACUUCUACCUGCCCCAGCUCCUCAACAUGUACAUCCACAUGGACGAGGACGUGGGCGACGCCAUCAAGCCCUACGUGGUGCACCGGUGCCGACAGAGCAUCAACUUCUCACUGCAGUGCGCCUGGCUGCUGGGUGCCUACUCCUCGGACAUGCACAUCUCCGCCCAGCGCCACUCCCGGGGCACCAAGCUGCGCAAGCUCAUCCUCUCCGACGAGCUGAAGCCAGCCCCGAGCCGGCGCAAGGAGCUGCCGCCGGUCAGCUCGGCCGGCGACACUGGCCUCUCGCCCUCCAAGCGGACGCACCAGCGCUCCAAGUCCGACGCCGCGGCCAGCAUCAGCCUGGGCAGCAACCUGAAGCGGACGGCGAGCAACCCCAAGGUGGAGAGCCAGCAGGACGAGGCGCUAUCGUCCAGUAAUGAGAGUAUUGAUAGAGCUGACAGCACUCAACCCGCCAGGCUGGCACCGGAGAGGGAGUUCAUCAAGUCGCUGAUGGGCAUCGGCAAGAGGUUAGUCACCCUGACCACCAAGGAGCAGAAGACGCAGAGGCUCAUCUCGGAGCUGUCGCUGCUCAACCACAAACUUCCGUCCCGAGUCUGGCUCCCGACGUCCGGCUUCGAUCACCAUGUGGUCCGGGUGCCCCACAACCAGGCCGUGGUCCUCAACUCCAAGGACAAGGCUCCAUACCUCAUCUACGUCGAGGUGCUGGAGUGCGACAACCUGGAGAUGUCGCCGGUGCCCGCCCGGAUCCCUGAGAUUCGUAUCCGCAGCACGCGUUCGGUGGAGAACCUGCCGGACUGCGGCUGCGCCCACGAGCAGCGGGCCGGCAACUUCAGCACCGUUCCCAACUAUGACAACGACGACGAGGCCUGGUCGGUGGACGACAUCGGCGAGCUGCAGGUUGAGCUUCCCGAAAUCCACACCAACAGCAGCGAUAACAUCUCGCAGUUUUCCGUGGAUAGCAUCACGAGCCAGGAGAGCAAGGAGCCCGUGUUUAUCGCUGCUGGCGAUAUCAGACGACGCCUCUCGGAGCAGCUGGCGCACGCGCCCACCACGUUUAAGCGGGACCCGGAGGACCCUUCCGCAGUCGCACUGAAAGAGCCCUGGCAGGAGAAAGUCAGGCGGAUUCGAGAGAACUCACCGUACGGUCACUUCCCGAAUUGGCGGCUUCUGUCCGUCAUCGUCAAGUGUGGCGACGACCUUCGCCAGGAGCUCUUGGCGUACCAGGUGUUGAAACAGCUGCAGGCCAUUUGGGAGGUGGAGCGGGUGCCGCUGUGGAUCAAGCCCUACAAGAUCCUGGUGAUCUCCGCCGACAGCGGGAUGAUUGAGCCUGUGGUGAACGCGGUGUCGCUCCAUCAGAUUAAAAAGCAGUCCCAGCUCUCCUUACUGGAUUACUUCCUCCAGGAGCAUGGGAAUUACACCACGGAGGAGUUCCUGUCAGCGCAGCGGAACUUCGUACAGAGCUGUGCUGGCUACUGCUUGGUCUGUUACCUCCUCCAGGUCAAGGACAGGCACAACGGCAACAUUCUACUGGACUCCGAGGGCCACAUCAUUCACAUAGACUUUGGCUUCAUCCUGUCCAGCUCGCCCCGCAACCUGGGCUUUGAGACAUCGGCCUUCAAGCUCACCAGCGAGUUCGUCGACGUAAUGGGAGGCUUAGACGGGGACAUGUUCAACUACUACAAGAUGCUGAUGUUGCAAGGGCUGAUCGCAGCUCGCAAGCACAUGGAUAAAGUGGCUCAGAUUGUGGAGAUAAUGCAGCAAGGUGCGUGCAGCGGCGGACUCCUCUCUCCUCCCCACUCCGCUUAG